UACAUUUUUUUUUUUUAAAAAAAAAUUUCAAUAUAAAAAAUGGCUGAAACUCGUUACACAGUACUUCCUGAUUUUGAAGACGAUGAAGGAUUCGUUGAAGAAUCUGGUGAAUUGAUACCUAGUGAAGAAAAUGAAUCUUUUCAUUAUGAUCCUGUAGUAACGACACCAGCUUAUCAUAUUGAACAAGGUGAAAAGGCUUUAGAGAAAUUAAAAUCAAUUGUCAAUGAAGGUGGUUGGAAAAAAGCUCUUACGGUUAAAAAUACUACUGUUUAUACUAAAAAUGGAAUUGGUGGUAGUGAAAAAGCGCCUAUAUUUAUGUGUCAACAUAUUAUUGAAAGAUUUAGUCCUCAAUCAAUUUUCGCUGUUAUUGGAAUGAGAAAACUUUGGGAUCCUUGGUACGAAGAAGGAAAUCUCGUCGAUAAUUUAAACGAUUCAACAAGUUUAACUUAUAUGGUAAUGCAAGGUGUGGCUGGUACUAGAAUUAGAGAUUUAUCUCUAGUAGAAAAAAUUCAAUGUACUCAAGACGGAACUAUUUACUUUGCGGCUACUUCAGUUGAAAAAGUACCCCAUGUUGUUGAUAGAAUUCGAGCAUAUCUUUAUCUUAAUGGCUGGAUCAUUAAACCAAUUUCUUAUAAUCCUCUCCGUACAAAAGUCACUUAUGUACUUCAAACUAAGGUUAAUGGAUGGGUGCCCUCAGUUGUGGCUAAAAAAUAUUUAACAAGACGCCCACUUGUUGUUCACAUUAUCGAUCAAUAUUUGCAAAAGAAUGGACCUCCACCUAUGGUUAUUAGUGCUUCCCCUCCAGAUUCAAAUCCUCAUUCUCGUAAUGGAAGUAAUGCUUCAUUUUUUCCUCCAAGAAAUCAAAUAGAUGUGGCAGAUCAGCAACGGAAUAAAUUUAAACGUGAAAUUACUUUUAAAGAAUCUCAGUCAUCAGAUUCACCUUCAAUGCAAAACCACAGGAGAGAAAUUACAUUUGGUGAUAGUACUCAGCCCUUAAAAAAAGAAAUCGUCAGAAAAAUGUCACUUGAUUUACCUUCAAUACAAACCAACAGGCCAUUUUAUUCAAAUAAUAAUAAUACUAUUCAUGCUCUAUCUUUUAAAAAAGAAAUCAACAGAAAAACGUCAUUUGAUUCACUGAAAUUGCACAACAUUAAGAAGGAAACUUUUCUUCACUCAGAUAAUGAUAAUGAUCUUAGUUCUCAUUCUUCUCAAGUUACGCUUGAUGAGCUACAUCCUCUGCCAAAAUUGUCACCAGCAUCACUAACAUCACCAUCAUCACCAACAUUACCAACAUUACCACCAUUACCAACAUCACCAACAUCGCCAACAUCGCCAACAUCACCAGCAUUAACACCAUUACCAAUAUCACCAACAUCAUCAACAUUCCCAGUAUCACCAACAUUACCAGUAUUACCAACAUUACCACCAACAACAUCAUCAUCACCAACAUCACCUAGAAGAUUUCAGUUUCCGUUACCCCCUGACCAAGAAACUGUACCCAUACAAACUCAACCUACAAGUCCUGUUCAAUCUAAACCUUACGUUCCCCCUCCACCAUCCUCACCACCCUUAUCGCUUCCACCACCUCCACCACCAAAAAUAAAACAUCCAUAUGAUGAUGCUGUAAAUGAAGCUGUUACGACUUUUAAGGAUAAUAUUAAAACCUUGGAAGGUUGGGACCUUUAUUCAGAAAGUAAGGGUGUUAAAAUAUAUACAAAAGAUGUUGCCAAUAGAUCAACUCCAAUUAUUCGUGGAGACUAUACACUUAUUGGAAAGUUUACGGCUGAUGACUUUUUAUCAGUUAUUAAAAACUUAGAUAUGCGAAAAUUUUGGGAUGAUCGUUACGAAGACGGUGAAAACGUAAAACUGUAUGAUAAUGACAAUAAUUUGAGCAAGGUCUCGUUGAAAGGAACUUUUCCUAUUAGUGGACGCGAUUUUGCUUUAUGUGGAAAAGUUGAACGCGAUCAGGAAACUAGUGCAAUUUAUUUUGUUACGACUUCAGUUACUGAUCCAGAAAUUCCAGAGAUUAAAAAAUACGUUCGUGGUCAUAUUCAUUUUGCUGGAUGGAAAAUAAUUCCAAAAUUUGAUGCAAAUGGAAAUACUAAAGCAUUAGGUAUAAUUUAUGUUGUUGAUACCGAUAUAAAACUUGAUUCUGUUCCGAGUGCUAUCCUCAAAUCCAUCUCAACUGGAACUCCAAUGGUUAUUCAAAAAAUUGAUGAUAUGAUGAAAAAAAUUGGAUUUCCACCUUACAUAAUGAAUUCAUCAUCUUUGAUAGUAUCAGAAAAUCUUCAUCCAAAAAAUUUCCAAUAUAAUUUGACAUUUGUUGCUAAAAAUAAUGAAUUUACAGAUAUCCGUUACUCCAAGAAAAUGUAUCCGAAUGGUUUUGAUAUAAAUAUUAUACCCAAUAAUGUUAAAGUUGAAUUACUUCCAGAUGAUCAAGAAAUUGUUAGGAUUAUACACCCUUCAGAUGUUUCUAGUAAUAAAAUGCAGAUUAAAAUCACAAAAUAUACAGAAGGUUUUAAAACGACAUAUAAUGAAAAGAAUAGAAUUCCAUUAGCUCAAAAAAAAGUAGCAGAAGUAUCAACAAAAAAUAUACCGAUCACUGCAAAUUAUUCUUCAUUGAAAUCUGCACAACCGAUUUCACAAUUUGAGACCGUACAAAAAUCUCAAAAUCAAAGAUAUUCAAGACAUUCAAGGAAUUUUUCUCAACCGAUAAAUCUUAAUUCUACACCUGUUGCAAAUGGAAUCGUUGAUGCCGAUAUGUUUGACGAACAAAGUAGUUUUGCUUUGCAUAGACAACAAAGGCAUUCAAGAAAUCUUUCUCAUCCAAUAGAUUUAAAUACUACAAAUAAUAACGAACGAGAUAGUCUCUCCUCACUUAAUCAAAAGAAUCAAAGACAUUCAAGAAAAAUUUCUCAAUCGCUAGAUCCUAAUGCUACACUUGUUUCAAAUGAAAUUGUUGAUAAAGUUCAGCAAGAUCGUACCUCCAAACGUAAAUCAAAGAGAUUAUCGUUUGCAGAAUCACCAAGUAUUAUUAAUCCAAGUACUUUUUAUGAGAAAGAAGAAAAUAUUAUUUCUGAAGUAAUAUCAGCAAAAAUUGGAAAUAAUAAAAAAAAUAAUUAUGCUGCCGAUAUUGGCAAUGUUAGCGAUGAAUCUGAAAAUUUAGAAGAAUAUGAAGAGAUUAUGAAGACUUUCAAUGAAACCCCCAUCGAACAACACCAGAUGUUUGAUUUCAAUGAAGAUAUAUUCGUCAUUACUGAUAAUGUGAAGUUCAAUGCAUAUCAAGCCACUAUAAUGUUUGUAGGAAUGAUACUAUCAUAUUAUUCUGGAAGAUUGAGUUGUUAUCUCAUAUAAUGUUAAUGUGUAUAAUUUUUUUAUCAUUUUUUUUUUAUAUUAAUUAAUUAUAUUAAUUGAUAUGAAUUUUUUAUUUGGAUGGAGUGGAUUUCUUAUAAUAUAAUACUUUUUAAUAUUUAACCCUUACUUUUAUAAUUAUAAUAAA